GGCGCGUUUUUUGAAGUCUCCUAUGUAACAUUGAAAGAAAUCCAUCAAAUAUUUUUCCCACGUUAAACUUUGCAAGAUAUAAUCCCAUCUGUGUCCUGUCUUCUUGUCCGUGUUCAAUUGGUGACCGUUUAUCCUCAACCACGAAGACAAAAAUUUGAUCAAAGGAAUCCUAUUGAACCAAGAACACCAUUGUCUUUGUUUCGAGGAUCAUUCAUUCGGACCAUGAUGAUAAAGACCAUGUUGAGGCACAAGAUAGCAACACAGAUGAUAGUUAAAGUGAUGGUGAUGUUGAUGAUGAUGAUGAUUGCUAUAAAUGCUGCUGAUACCAAUGAAGUUUUCGACCCUUGUUCAGAUGCUAUGGUACAAAAGUUCGAUGGUUUCACAUUCGGUCUAGCAUUUUCAGAUAAGGAUUCUUUCUUUUCCAAUCAGGUUCAACUUUCUCCCUGUGAUAGUCGUCUAGGCCUGAGUAAAAAAGCACAGCUCGCUGUGUUUAGGCCUCAGGUUGAUGAGAUUUCUCUGCUUACCAUCAACAGCAGUCCUUCCGACCCGGGCGCUCCUGGACCGCUCGGUAGCCAUAUGGUAGCAUUUGCUGGGAGGAAGCAUGCAGCAAGAUCAUUUCCAGUGAUGAUUUCUGACAAUAAUACGAUCAUCACCAGUUUUACUUUGGUCCUUGAAUUCCAGAAGGGUACCCUUCAAAACUUGUAUUGGAAGAAAUUUGGAUGUCAAUCAUGCUCCAAGGACUUUGUUUGCCUCGGUGGUGAAGACUGUGCAUUACCAAUCUCAAAGUGUAAGAGUAACAGUGGUGCUAAUGAUUGUGUUCUGAGCAUACAAUUAACAUUCUCAGGCACUGACAAGAAUCUUCAAGCGCUAAAUUCGUGGUAUGAGGUGUCUAAUCUCCGGCAGUACUCUCUGUAUGGUCUAUAUUCCAACAUUCGGGACUCUCUCGUCGGCCAGUUUGACGGGCUCCUUUAA